AUGGACCAUGCAGUUUAUGGAUUGGUAUCCAAGAGAGCACGUGAGGAAGAGAGCGCGCCCGCCGACAGACUGGGAAAAGAAGAUGAAGAAGACCUGCGGGGGAGCAUCCUGGAAGAGAGUAGCAUUAGAGAGGAAAUAGUGGAAACGGACUGGACAGGAGGAAGUUACAGCCUAGUAAGAACUAGACAAGAAAGAGGUCUUGAGACCCGGUCUAGUAAGACUGGAGAGAUGUUCCCUUUGGGAAAUUACGAGGACGGCUCCCAAGUUGAAUAA